CAGAUAAAACAGUGCUGUACAAUGCACAAAACAUCUAAUUUGUUAUAUGAAGAACGCACAUUGAUUUCAUUAAAUCAAAGCAAACAAAUUAAAUGUGUGCAGCGCGUAGUCAAAUUGUUAGUGCAUUGUUUAAACAAAAUGUGGUCGUUGGACGCAUUCAAACAGCUUGUAAAAAUAAUGCCAGUAAACAAAAUCAUCGCAAAUAUUGCAAUAUUUCAAGGCACCUGAAUACAAGCACAAAUACAAGCAUAAUUGUUGAUAAUACGGCUGAAACCGUUACGCCGCACGCUCUUAUCAAUCAAUCAAUCAAGCCAAAAAGUGUGAGUGAUUUCCAAGAGCUCUACGAAGCAACCAAAAAGAAAUUUCAAUCCAAAAAACUACCCGUCGAUGUCCAUCCAGAUGCGGUGUUUGCCUGCAAUGAACUUGACCUGAGUGAGGUGCAGGUCUAUGGCUUCGACUAUGAUUAUACGCUGGCCUGUUAUAAGCCCAUAUUGGAGAAUUUGCUCUACAAUUUGGCACGGGAAAUGCUCGUGAAACGCUUCAGAUAUCCGGAUGAUAUCUUGGAACUCGAGUAUGAACCUAAUUUUGCUGUGCGCGGACUGCACUAUGAUGUGGAGAAGGGUCUACUUGUCAAACUUGACUCGUUUCUGCAGCUCCAAUUGGGAUCCGUUUAUCGGGGACGCACCAAAGUGGAGGCCGAUGAGGUCCUGAAACUCUAUCACAAUCGUCUGCUGCCCAUUGCCUAUGUGGAGGGUCCCAAUAGCUCCCAUCAACACAAUACAAACUCGAAGAUGGUACAACUGGCAGAUCUAUUCUCAGUGCCAGAAAUGUGUCUGCUGUGCAAUGUUAUCGAAUAUUUCGAGCACAAUCGCAUCGAUUACAAUCCCGAAAUAGUAUUCCAUGAUACGAGAACCGCAAUGGGUUCCUGCCAUCCCAUAAUGCAUGCGACUGUAAUGAAGAAUACGGAAAAAUAUAUCGAACGCAAUGCAAAAUUGGUGCACUAUUUAAAAAAACUGCAAAAGGCGGGCAAGAAUCUCUUUCUGGUAACCAACAGUCCAUUUUCAUUUGUGAACUGUGGCAUGUCUUUUCUGGUAGGACCCAAUUGGCGUGAUUUCUUCGAUGUGGUCAUUGUCCAGGCUCGAAAACCCAAAUUCUUUACGGACGAAUCUCGGCCCAUACGGCUCUACGAUGAGAAAACUAGAUCACAUGUCUGGGAUCGCGUUUUCAAGCUGGAGAAAGGCAGAAUAUAUUAUGAGGGUUCUGUGCGUCAACUGCAGGAACUGAAAGGUUGGCGUGGUCACUCAGUGCUCUAUUUUGGCGAUCAUCCUUAUAGCGAUCUGGCGGAUGUCACCUUGAAGCACAGCUGGCGUACAGGUGCUAUAAUCAGCGAGUUAGCUCACGAAAUUGAAACAUUGAAUCGCGUGGAUUUUAAGAAGAACGCCAAUUGGCUGCAGAUGCUGACGCAGCUCAUCGAGGACACGCAGGACGAUGACAGCGAGGCGGCUCAGGUGUGUCUACGUGCUUGGAUGGAGGAGCGUGAUCAAUUGCGCAACAAAACAAAGAACGUGUUCAACGAACAAUUUGGCAGCGUUUUUCGCACGUAUCACAAUCCCACGUAUUUCUCACGUCGUCUUUUCCGGUUUGCCGACAUUUAUACGAGUGACAUUACGAAUUUGCACAAGUUCUCGACAUCGCACACCUUUUAUCCCCGACGCGGCGUUAUGCCCCAUGAAUAUGCCUCACAUUUUAUUUAAAACA